AUGGAUGAAUCAAAUAAUUUAAUAUUAAAUUUUAUCACGGAUGAUGUUCCUAUUGAUGAAAGUCCUAGUUUAAGAUCAAAAUUAAAACAUAUCGGGGGAAGUUGGAAAAAUAAAAAGAAAGUUCGAAAGUUAAUAAAAAAGAAUUCGCAAGUCCAUUCUCAAAAUAGUUCAAUUGAUAGAUCACAAAGGACAAACAACACCGAAAAUCAAGAUGAAUCAAUUCGGGAAAAUAAUUCAGUUCCAGGAAAUUUCAUAAAUUUUCACAAUAUUAACGUAGAUACUGGAAAUCAUCUUAAUUCUCAAAAAAGUACAUAUUCUCGAGAUAAUUCAAAUACUCAAAAGAAAUUAAAUAGCAAAACUCAAAUCAUCUCAUCAAUCUUCAAUCAUGAACCGAGUAAUGGACCAAUAAAUGAUACUUAUUCGUUUAAAAGUAUGGGUUUAAAUAGCGAUUUGGUUGAAAAUAUUAAAAAUAAAUUGGGAGUUGAGAAACCAACGAAUAUUCAACGUAGAGCGAUUCCCAUCUUAAUGUCUUCCAUAAGCAAUAACGAAAGCAAAGAAGAAAAUUUUGAUGUUGUAGUCCAAGCUGAGACAGGAUCUGGCAAAACUCUGACAUAUUUAUUUCCAAUAAUACAUCAAUUAAUAAGCAUUACGGCUGAUAUUCAGGAUAAUAAAAUACUUUCACGUUCAAUUGGAACUUUAGCAAUUAUAUUGACUCCAACACGUGAAUUAGCGAUUCAAAUCUUAUCAGUAUUAGAGGCUUUAAUUAAUAUUCCAUCUUCAAAGCAACAUCAUUUAGCUCAUUGGAUCGUUGCUGGUAGCGUCAUUGGUGGCGAAAAGAGACAAUCCGAAAAAGCUAGAUUACGUAAAGGGAUAAAUAUUUUGGUUUGUACUCCUGGUAGACUGUUGGAUCAUUUAAAAAACACGAAAUCUUUUUUGGUGGAAAAUUUAUGCUGGUUAAUACUUGAUGAAGCUGAUCGUCUUUUAGAAUUGGGAUUUGAAGAAACUCUACAAUCAAUACUAAAAAUUUUAGAAGAAAAAAAGAAUGGUUCUCAGCCUUUCCCCUCUACUAAAUUUUGGCCAAAUAGAAGACAAACAGUUCUUUGCUCAGCUACUUUAAAGGAUGAAGUUAAGCGAUUGGCGGGAUAUGCUUUAUCCAAUCCCAUUUUCAUCGGAGGAAAGAAUGAAGAAAUUUCUCCUUUAGGAGAGAAGAAGGAUGAGAAGAGUCCAAAAGAAACAAAGUUCAGCACACCUAAUCAAUUGAAACAAACUUAUGUCAUAACACCAGCAAAAUUACGUUUGGUUACUUUAACGGCAAUUCUAAAAUCCAUUUUCAAUGUCAAACGAACAGAAAGUUUCAUGAAUCACAAAAUUAUAGUUUUUAUGUCAAGUUGUGAUUCGGUAGAUUUUCACUUUGAUCUGUUUACUAAAGCCGGAAAGAUUAGCGAAGAAUUAACAGAAGAUGAUGAUCAAUCGAUUUCUACCAUUGCAGUCAUUCCUGGGGCGAAAAUAUUUCGAUUACACGGUGACUUAUCGCAAAAUGUUCGUACAAAAACAUUUAAUGAGUUCAAUCAGACAGAUUCUGGCAUAUUAUUUUGCACGGAUGUUGCUGCAAGAGGUCUCGACCUUCCAGACGUCGCAAAGAUCAUCCAAUAUGACCCACCAACGGAUUUAAAAGAUUACGUUCACAGAGUUGGUAGAACUGCAAGGUUAGGUAAAGAAGGUGAAGCUAUAUUAUUUUUACUUCCAAGUGAAAUUGAAUAUAUUCAUGUUCUAAGGUCACAAGAAAUUUAUGCUGAACCUGUUCAAGUUGAAACGUUAUUAGAAACUCUGACAGUUUCAGAGAAGAGAAACAAGGAGGGGUAUGAAAAAAUCGCAGCCGACCUUCAAUUACAAUUCGAAAGAUACGUUCUUUCAAAUUCCGAGUGCAUCACAUUAGCUCAAAAAGCAUAUUCAUCACACAUCCGCUCAUACGCGACGCAUACAACCUCGGAAAAACGGAUUUUUCAUGUGAAGAAAUUGCAUUUAGGUCAUGUAGCAAAAAGUUUUGGCCUACGAGAAACGCCAUCAAAUAUCAAGAAUGAAGUGGUCUCCCCUUCGAAUAAAUUUGACGAUAGGAAGAAUGUUUAUAAAAAGAAAAAUAUCCCCAAUAAAGAAGGAAAGUGCAAUCAAAGGAAUAUUAAAAAAAGAAAUUUUGAAAUAAUGAACGAGUUUUCGAUUGGAAAUUAUGAAAUUAAGCCUUGGAUAAAGAAAAAAGUGUUAUGUUACCUAUUAAAUGAAGAAUAUAAUAAAACGCCAGUUAGGGCACAAGUUUUACGGUUUACUAAUUCUCAAGAAGAAUUAGAACCAAAUGAAUUAGUGUCAGCAGAAAUUCACGACAACCAACAUUUUAUUAAAUGUCUUUUUACGAACGAAAGCGUUCUUGACUUCGAAUGUAAAAAUAUUCCUGAAGAAACAGAAGGAAAAUCCUUUUUACAUAUUUGUGAAGAGAUGGAAGUUAAAGAGUCCCUUCAAGCUCAAGUUGUUAAAGAUAAAAAACAAAGUCCCCUUGACCAUCCUGGUUGGAACGAUUUUGGGACCAUGUUUUAUAGUAAUUCGGUUGACAUUCAUAUUAUUCCACCGGAUCAGUUAAGAACCAUGAGAAAUAUCCCGGGGUGGAAUUUUUUACCGAGAAAUAAUAAUGACGAAGAUAUAUCUAGUAGUAGUGAAGAAUACGAAACCGAAUCGUCCGCAUCUACGGAGUGGAACCCCGGUUCUCCAGAAUCAUCACGAUAUGACUCGGAUGGGAAAAUUAGCCUUAACGAUGAAGAUUUCGCCAUUAUAAUUAAAGGAAAUUAUUUAAAUUCUAAGCGGUCAAGUGCUGAAGAAGAGGAAAAUGAAAAUAAUCGAGCGGACACUGUGAAAUAUGAGGAAGCUCAUUCCACACAAAAUAAAAGAAAGAACCUUGAAAAGGAUCCUGAUGAUAGUGUACCUAUAAAGAAACAAAAAAAAUUCUAUGACUUCUUUCUGUAG